AUGCAGCCAGUACAUAUAAUGCGUCUCAUUAUUGCGUGCUCUUUCGAGCUCGAGCAGUUCAUCGAAGAUUCGCAGUUCCUGAAGGAGCGAAGCUAUCUCAUCAGCCACCAGAUCAACAAGUUCGCUUCCUACAUUAACCAAUAUCUAAGCGCGUUCGAUCAAGAAUGCUACACCGAAUUCAUCAAUAGCUCACUCAAUUAUCUGAACGUUGAUACGGUUCGUCCGAUUCCGAUCGAUCCAACCACUCACACGCUCUCAGACUUCGCGCUGCAGUAUCUUAAACCCAUCAUUCCCGAGGUCGAUAAAAUGGAAGUGCUGAGCACAAUCCAUAUAGUGACUCCCGUCCAGCAGCUUCUCGAGUCGCUAUGGGCGUGUGGCUCUGCGGAUGACUCAUUCUUCGCUUUGGCGGGAGAAAUCUUUGCGCUUGCUCCGGAUUGCCUGAAAGAUGAAUCGAAAGAUUUGACGGCACUCGAUGAGAAAGUAUUGGAGACCUGCUCCCAAAUGGAUCUUUUAUUGUGUCAUUUGUUACAACGAUUAAUUGAUCUGUCGGGAGGACUUGUGCUCGAGGACGAGCUUAGCAUUCGCAGAAAACGAAAAGCGAAGACACGUUUUGAGGAUGUUUUGAAAUGCGUUCCUAUUUUCUAUCGAUGUAAAGAAUACCUAAAAAGAAAUAGGCUAGCGAUGCGUUUUAAUAAUUAUUGGAUUAUUGUUCCAUAUCAAGAUAUAUUUAGGAGAAUUUAA